AUGUUUACCAUUAGAAAAAAUGUUAUGAAUUUCAUUUCUAAAAAAUUAUAUAAAUUACUUUGUUAUUAAAAAUUAAGAUUAGAUGCUUUAAAAAGAUAUAAACAUGUGCCUAUAUAAUCACCUGGAUAUAUCAAUUGUGUUUAUUCUUUCGGUAUAUACUUAUUUUGGGUAACUACGUCUAUGAUAACAUAAGAUAUUAAAAAUCAUUUUAAUAUUUAAACUAAAAAUAUAUUCCAUUUAAUAUAAUUCAUUAUAUUAGCUGCUUUGAUUUUCGGAUUUACUGUAUAUACUACAAGUACCACUUUUGAUUUAAAUUUUAGAUGGGGCGUUGAGUUUUUUAAAAUAUUAGCCGGUCCAUAUAUAAUAAUGUUGUGUCUAGGAUGGGUUUAUAUGCAUUUUCGUUUUUUUGCUCCUUAUUUAUAAAAAGUGCCUGAUCGUUUGACUUUAGAAGAUGAAAAAAAACUUGAAGAGCAUAUAUAAAAAGAGAAAUAAGUACCUACUUUGAUGAUCAAAACUAUAAAUAAUUUAAAAAUCGAAGAUGAGAAUAAUAAUAAUGAAGAAUCAUAUGAAGAAAUAGAACAAUUAUUAAAAGAAGAAUAAUAAAAGAAAGAAGAAGAAAAAGAAUAAGUUAAAUAAUAAUUUGAACAAAAAAUAGAUAUAUUUAACCCUUAAGAUUAGUAAUUAUUAUUAGAGGAAAAAAUAAAAUAAAGAGUAAUAAAUGAAGCCGAAUAAUAAAAAAAACUAAAAGAAUAAUAAGAAGAAGAAAGAGACUGGAAAAAUCGAUAAAUUUAAAAAAAACAUCUAAUGUUAAAAAUUGAACUCUAAAAGGAUAAACCAGACCCCAGAACCUAAAUUAUUCUCCAAAAUUACUUAAUUAUAUUCUCAUCAUGUGCCCUUGGGGCCUCUUUAUUGAUUUUAACGAUAAUACCAAUAUUAGAAAUGUAAUCUGGAGCUGUUUUUGGUAUGUAAUUUGUCAUAUUGUUCCUAUUUAUAACUUCUCUUAUUUUACUUUUUAUGAAGAUAAUACCAGAAAAAGAAAAAAUCGCAGUCUCAUUUAGUGAAACUAUAACUUAGAUUUUAGAAAGUAAAGGCGAAAGUAUACCGUCAUUAAUUGUAUUUUGUUGGAUAUUUCUUUAUUUACCUUUUGCAGGUAUUAUUCCAGUGAGUGUAUAAUAUCUUAGUUAAGAUGAUGAAGAUAUAAUACUCUAUUAAAAAAUUAUAAUUGGUUUUAUUGCUAUAUUAGUAUUUUUAGGUAUUGGAAUUUUAGCAAUAUUUAUACAUUUAUAUUUUAAAAGAAGAAAUUUUUAGAAAAAAUUUGAAUUUAUAGCCGCUAAAGUUAUAAAAAAGUUAGCAAAAUUUCAUGUUAAAUCUGAUUUUCAUGUGAUUGAUUUGAUGUAUUAGGGAUAUCUUAUUAAUGGAGCUGAAGGUAUAAAACAAGAUUUAAUUAAUUUAAAAAUGCCUGUUUAUUAUGCUAAUGUUUCUGAAAAAGACCCUGAUCCACGUUUUUCUAAAAUAAUAAUAGAUGCUAAUGCUUACAAUAAGAUAAUGAACAGAAAUAAAAAUAAUUAAUCUAAAUUCAAAGAACAAUGUAUAAAAAAUUUUCUCCUUUUAUUAUGUUGCUAUAAAGACUAUUAUGAUAAAAAUCUUAAUAAUAUUGAUAAUAAUAAUAUAGAUAUGUAAACUUAAAACGAAUUAGAUAAUAUAGAAAAUGAAAUAUAAAAAGCAUUAAAUCAAGCUAGAGAAUAAUAAAAACUAGAAGAAGAAUUUGAAACUAUGGAAGAAGAUCCUUGGUAAAAAAAAUAUAUAAUGAGUAAAUCUAAUAGACCUAUGCAUGAGAAAAUAAUAGAACCAUUAAGAAGAUAUGAUUUAGGUUAAUAAGUUUAAAUAAGUAAACCUUAUACAUAGAAAUUAUUAAAAGAUAUAUUUCAUAUAUUCGCUUGGGGUUCUUCUAAGAAAUUUAAAAACACUAAAUGGGUAGACUAUAUCAUGUUUAAAGAAAUUUUAUCUAAAGGAGGCGUCAUGCCUUGCAAAGAAAUUGAAGAUUUUAUUAUAGAUGUUAAAUAUGCAAAAUUUACUACUUAUAAUAAUAAACCUAAUUAAAAUCCUAUUACAUUUAAUAGAUUUUAAGAAAUACUUACUUAAAUUGCUAAAAUGAAAUAUCCAUUUGAACCUGAUGAAGAAGCUAUGGGAAAAUUGUGUAAAAUGUGGCUUUAUCCUUAUUUGUUGUGGAAUUUACCACCUUUUAGGGCUUUAUAUACUCAUGAAUGGGAUUAUGUGCUUUUUUUAUUGAAAAUGUAUGGAGAAUAUGACCUUUAUGCUGAACUUGUUGCAGAAGAUGAGGCUUAUUAUUAUAAAUUAAAGAAGGAAUUAGGGCUUUUGGAAAAGCAUGAAAUGUUAGAUCAGGUAGAUAUGCCUGAUAUUGAUGAUAGAUUGAAGAAAAGAAAGGGAAAAUGCUAAAGAUGUUUAGAAAGAAUGAAGAAGAUUUUCGAUUAAAUGUUGAAAAACACCAAUUAUUUUUUAAAAAGUUUAUGUCUAUUAGAUAAGGAUAUUAAAAGUGAUGGAAAAGAUGAUAUUUUUAUGGAAGUUAAUUUAGUUAAUAAUAGUAUUUUGGCACCCUAGACUUAGGGAGCGAAAAAAAAUGCAAAUGGAAGAGGUUUUUAUCAUUAAGAAUCGCCUGAAUGGCCUGAAAUAUGUAAUAUUAUGGUAGACGAAAUAUAACAUUAGGAAAAAUAAUUCUAAAUAAAAAAAGAUGAGGAAAUUGGGUUUGUGGAAAUAAGGUUUAAUUUUACGAAUUUUUUUGUAAUUGUUUGUAAGUUUUUAGAGUUCUUUAUGUUCUUUUCUUUGGCCUUUAGACCUAGUUUAAAUUCAUGGAAUUUAGAUGAGAUUGUGCUAAAUAUACUGAAUUUUGCAAAUACUGAGAUGCCUUUUGCGGAUUAUAUGAUAAUGUUUUGGGUAGGGUUUAGUAGUUCUUUAUUAUUCUUUUUGGUUUUAUAUAGAUCUAUAAUAAGAAUAAAAACUUUAAAAUAUGGAUAUAGUGAAUCAAAAAGAAAAAAACAUAGAUUUUCUUAUGAUUUUUUUUAGAUUUAAUUUGCAAAUUUUGUCGGACACUUUUUAUAUUAUUGGAUAAUAAAAAUUGCUGUUGAUGCUUAUUCUUGUAAUUAUUCAGAAAUACCAAAAUUGUUAUAUUAAGAUUUAAAUUUAUAAUGUUUUUCAUAAAAACAUAUAUAAUAUAUGGCUAUAGGUGGUUUAAGCUUGUUAAUAUUUUAUCCAAUUGGAAGCUUUUUAUGGCCAAAUGUUUAAUAUUAAAAUCGUGCUUUAGAUUUUAGAUAUGAUCCUACUUAUUUAGUAAUUGGUGGUUAAAUGAGGUUUGUUUUGACUGGAAUUAUGGCUUUUAUGUUUGAUAAAGAUGUUUAAAUAUAUGGAUUUAUUUGCAGUAGUAUCCUGAUGUUUUUAUUCGGGUUUUUAACACAUAAAAUGAAACCUUGUUUGGUGAAAAAAGUUAAUGCUUUGGAUACUGGAGGGUAUGUAUUAUGUGGGUGGAUUCAUUUUUCGGCUGUUAUAGCUGUCGUAGUACACCAUUGGCUUAUUCCUUUAAUUAUUUUAGGAGUAGGUGGUGUUUUUAUAAUAAUUUUAGCCUUUUUAAACUGGAAAUUUAUUCAUGAUUUAGAUAAAAAAAUACUAGAGGAACGAAGAAUGUUAAAGAAAGCGAAAGAAGAAUUAGUAGGAAUAAAAGAUUUAACUGAAGAAGAAUAUGAUGAGGAUAAAAAAGUUGAGGUAGAAGAAAAUUAUUAGAAAAUAUGCUAUGAUAAUUUAUAAAAAUAAUUAUAAAAAUAUGAAACUCAUUUAUUAGUUUAAACUUAGUAGAUAUUAAAUAAUUAAUAAGAAAUAAAAAAAAUAACUCAAAAAUAAGAAAAAGAAUUAUAAUAAAGGCUUAAACUUAUAAAAGAAAUGGAUAAAGAAGAUAUCGAAGAUGGUAUUAUGGAAGAUCCGAAUAAGAAAAAAGAUGAAGAUGAGGAAGACGAGAAAUAUAAUUGA